GCCGCGGGGUGGGAGGAGCUCGAGUCACGCCUGGAGCGUCUGUUUGGCUUGGGAGUCCGCAGGGGCGGUUUGCACGUCAGUCCUGACGGGAGCAGGUCGCCGCCCGCGGCGCGAGUGUCUACGGCCUGCAUCCCGGUAAGACCAUGAAUUAUGGAAUUUCUUAAGUGAAGCAUUCUGGAAUUAAAUGAGAGAAUGCCAUAUAGAAAAAUAAAUGAUUUUUUAAAGUUAUGUCUGUUAAUUUGACUCUAGAUAUAUAUAUUUACCUCCUUAGUAAUGCAAGAAGUCUUUGUGGGACACAAAGAAGCAAACAGCUGCAUUUUGUGUGUUUACCUAAACAUCAGUGGAGGAUAAGCCAGGUCGGUGUUCAAAGAGAUUUUCAUGCAAGCAAGAUAAGAUGUAAAUGGAGUAAAAGGGAAGCCCGUUCUAGCAGUACGCACUGGCGCUCUCUGAGCAAGGAUGGCUUACAUUUUGGAAUUUUGAGACUUAGUACUUCUGCUCCCAAGGGACUUACAAAAGUAGGCAUUCGUAUGUCCCGUAUUAAAAGUACUUUGAGUUCUGUAUCAAAGGCUAUUUUUGGCAAUCAAAAUGAAAGGAUUACACGUUUAACUCAAUUUAGACCAAGUUUUCAAAUAUUUAAAAAAGUAUCAGAUAGUGGCUGGUUAAAACAAAAAGAUGUUAAACAAGCCAUCAGAUCUCUAAAAAAAUAUAGUGACAAAGCAGCAGAAAAGAGUUCUCUUGCAGAAAAAAAAAUUUACAGCACAGAUAAAGAAGAAGAUUUUGGUAAACAAAGCCUGUUUCAUUAUGCAUCUGGUAUAACCUCAAAAUUUGGAGAUUCAUUUUACUUUUUAUCAAAUCACAUUAAUUCAUACUUCAACCGAAAGGAAAAAAUGUCUCAAGAAAAGGAAGAUAAACAGCUCCAGUACAAACCAGAACCUGAAAGUGAAAAGCCUGAAGAAGGGAAACCUGUUUCUCCUAGCCCUGGCUCCUUGACCAGUACGCCAGGCUCGGAAUCGUCCAUGGAUGCUGGGAACAAGCCUUCAAGUCCAAGUGGGAUGCCAGAAGUCCUUCCUGUAUCUACAAAGCAAAGUAUUGCUAACUUCCUUUCUCGUCCCACUGAAGGGGUACAGGCUUUUGUAGGUGGUUAUAUUGGUGGACUUGUCCCCAAAUUAAAGUAUGAUUCAAAGAGUCAGCCAGAAGUACAGGAAGAACCCACUAAACCUGAACAGGCUGUUAGCAAAGACAAAAGCGCCGAGGAGAAAAAGCAUGUAUCUCUUCAGCGAGAAAAGAUUAUUGCAAGAGUGAGUAUUGACAAUAGAACUCGAGCAUUAGUCAAGGCACUGAGAAGAACAGCUGACCCAAAGCUUUGCAUUACUCGAGUUGAAGAAUUGACUUUUCAUCUUCUAGAAUUUCCUGAAGGAAAGGGAGUGGCUGUCAAGGAAAGAAUUAUUCCAUGUUUAUUAAGACUGAGACAAGUUAAGAAUGAAACUCUUCAGGCAGCAGUUAGAGAAAUUUUGGCCUUAAUUGGUUAUAUGGAUCCAGUGAAAGGGAGAGGAAUCCGAAUUCUCACAAUUGAUGGUGGAGGAACAAGGGGUUUGGUUGCUCUUCAGACACUUAGGAAGUUGGUUGAACUUACUCAGAAACCGAUUCAUCAGCUCUUUGAUUACAUUUGUGGUGUAAGCACAGGUGCCAUCUUAGCUUUCAUGCUAGGAUUUUUUCAUAUGUCAUUGGAUGAAUGUGAGGAACUUUAUCGAAAAUUAGGAUCAGAUGUAUUUUCACAAAAUGUUAUUGUUGGGACAGUCAAGAUGAGUUGGAGCCAUGCAUUUUAUGACAGUCAAAUGUGGGAAAAGAUCCUUAAGGAAAGAAUGGGAUCUACACUAAUGAUUGAAACUGCAAGAAACCCUUCCUGUCCUAAGGUAGCUGCUGUGAGCACCAUAGUAAACAGAGGAAUUAUACCAAAAGCCUUUGUAUUCAGAAACUAUGGUCAUUUUCCUGGAACCAACUCUCAUUAUUUGGGCAGCUGUCAGUAUAAAAUGUGGCAGGCCAUCCGAGCCUCAUCUGCCGCUCCAGGCUACUUUGCAGAGUAUGCACUAGGCAAUGAUCUUCAUCAAGAUGGAGGUUUACUUCUGAAUAACCCUUCAGCAUUGGCGAUGCAUGAGUGCAAAUGUCUCUGGCCAGAUGUCCCGUUAGAGUGCAUAGUAUCCCUGGGUACUGGACGUUAUGAAAGUGAUGUGAGAAACACAGCAAAAUACACAAGCUUGAAAACAAAACUUUCUAAUGUUAUCAGCAGUGCUACAGAUACAGAAGAAGUCCACGUAAUACUUGAUGGUCUGUUACCUCCUGACACAUAUUUUAGAUUCAAUCCUGUCAUGUGUGAAAAUAUACCUCUAGACGAAAGUCGAAAUGAAAAGCUUGAUCAACUGCAACUGGAAGGUUUGAAAUACAUAGAAAGAAAUGAAUAUAAGAUUAAUAAAGUUGCAAAAAUAUUAUGUCAAGAAAAAACAACUCUGCAGAAGAUAAAUGAUUGGAUAAAGUUAAAAUCUGACAUGUAUGAAGGCCUUCCAUUCUUUUCAAAGUUGUGACGAGUAUGUGCACAUGCUUUCAUAAAUGAAGCCCUGUUCAGAAAAAUCCACUGAAUUGAGUAAGGAGUUGGGAGAUUCAGCAUGGAAUACUUAGGAAUUCUGGAGAAUCCUGAAAAGAUGGUGCUUUGAUCAGCCUGCACAAUACAGAAGUUAUGUUUGGUUACCAGAAUUAAACAUGAAAAUUGGAUUUUUAAGAUGUUAAUAGCUAAACUUUAGACAUUUUAUUAUUGUACUGUUUGGUUUUAGUAGAUAUUGGUGUUAAAUUGUUUGGUGUUUAAAAGUUUAUUAAUAUAUGUGCCAAACAAGAAACUGAAAAUAUACUAUGUUCUUUUGCUUUUGUCAUCAUAAUCAUGUUGUAUUUAUACAAUCACUGAUUUUCUUUCAUGUGAAAAAGUGAAUUUCUUUUUGCAUUCACACUACUUAACAUUUUCAGUAGCUGCAUUCUGUAACCCAUAUGCUACCUUUCACUGUAAUUCAUAUAAAUAACUGUAUAAAAAUAACAUUCUCUCUUAAAGUACUUUUACAUUUGAAACAGGAAAGAACCAAAUACAUUUUCUAUUCAAAAUUUGCUUCUUUUAAACAUUGCUUGAUUAAAAGAGUGGUGAAUUUUAAUUUUCAAUGUGCAGACCUUUCACCCUUUAAAUUUCAAGAUAAUGCUAUGUGUUAACUUUUGUAGAUAUGGCAGUAUCCUUAUCAUUUGCUGUUACAAAAUCAAUUGAACUUACUGAAGACUAUUCAUGUCAUUAACAAAAAUAAACUAUUGAAAUACUUUGUUGUUAAAAGGCUAAUGUCAUUUUAAAAUUUUGUAUUGUACAUAAUGUGGCCCCACCCAUUUCUUGUAGUAUUUGAAUCCAUCUAUCUGGAGUAACAUUUAAGGAAAGAAAUAAAUGGCUUUUUAAAAAUUAACUCAUUUAACAAUCUGGAUUUCGUAAAAGUUAAAAUAGAUAAAAUGAACUUGAGACAUUGUUUAUUAAACAUAUUCAUCUGUGUUGUGUUAGUUCUGCAUUGCAAUGAAAAUCCUUAUACCUUGUGGAGAUUUCUCAAGGUCAGUGAAACAGGUAAAAUAUUCUUCAUUUUAAACAUAUAACUGAUGCCCAGAUGUCAUGUUGCUGCUCUGCAUUCUUGAGUCAUCAAGGCAGAGAUGUGUUUCAGAGAGCUCUGGAGGGAGGACUGUCUGCCACUCAGUCCCUCUAUUUAUGAUCUUGAGGAAAGAAGACUAUCCGUCUGAGAUGAGCUGUUUCAUUUGUAAAAUGAGGAGAGCUAGGUGUAAAAAUUUUAACCUUUUCCUUUUUAGGCAUAAGGUGAGUAAAUAGGCCCCCAGUAUUUCUGAGUAUGUGUAAAAUAAUCCUUUCAUACCACAAGUCUAUGCAAAUUUUUAUGCACUUAGAAUAACUUAUAAAUGUAAGAAAAAUAUAAAUAAUUGGAAGUCUGAAUAUUUGGGGGAAUUAUAAUUAGCAUAUUUCAAGCACAAUAAACUAAUAUUUGUGCACCUGAGUUGACAUACUUGUACCUUAUCCUGAAGCUACUCUUUCCCUAACCUGCUGUGUAACAGGUUCCCUAGGUCUUGUUUGUGCUUGAUCAGCUGUCAUUCUCUCAAAUAGUGCAGUGCACAUUGUGUUCUUGUCACAGCUUUUGUCUACAGCCACACAGCGUGGUCACAGUGUCAGCUCUCAGCCCAAUCAAAGGUAAAUCCCUUUGUGUAGUACACCAGUUUUCACUUGUUUUGUCCCCUUUUGUGCUUGAUGAUAAUUAUCCAGAGAUAACUCUUACCUACAAUAAAGUCUACAUUUGUCCAAGAGUAACCUUAACAGUAGAUUCUGCAAUCUACAAAAGAAAGAUGCAGACGUAGAAAUGAGUUUUCAGUGCUGUGCAGAUUACAUGUCUGCCUUUGUCAAAGAAACAAGGAAGAAUAAUGUGUUUUAUGAAAUGUAAAUUCUCCAAUUAUAUUAAAAAGUAGAAUUAAAUUAUUUCGAUGCUUAGAUCUUUCUUGUCUCAAAUCUAAUGUCUUUAAUAAAUGAUGUGCUGGUGUUAAUUCAGUACUAUUCUUGAUGCAGA